AACCGUGCGGAGAAUUCGCAGUGUUCCGGAGCUCGGGAGGCGGGAGCCGAGAGCGCCUAGAGCAGGCGCGGGCUGGCUGCAAGGACCGCAACAGCUCCGGCGACGCGGCUGGGGCGCAAGAGGUACGCAGAUAGAAGCAUUGAAUCCUGAGUGGAGAAGAAAUCAUUAGCACAGGACGCGGCAAACGAAGCCUUUCUGCCUGAAGGUCCUUGAGAGAAUACAGGCUCACUUCCCCCAUAAAAGAGGACAUUCCUAUCAUCUCCGACCUGCACACCUCCAGCCAGCAUAGAUAGAUCUCGGAGGAGGCUGCCUCAGAGAUUCCUGCUGAUGCUUGUCUGAUCUUGCCUUCUGUGAAGCAUGGCCCCCACAGGAUUAUGGGACAAAUCAUAGACCCUGAGCCACACCUGCUCAGAGAGGCACACUUUACAGCCUCGCUUGGCUCCCGGUGCUGCCAAGCCUUGAGACGCGCUACCAUCCCAACAAUGCCUUCAGGAGCCAGAGCCACUGCUCUAUGAGGUCUUUGCAGAGCAGGACUUGACCUUGCUACCCAGCAAGUCUCCCGAGUGGCCUCCACCACCUCCCAUGUCUGGCUACCAGGGCAGACUAGAGAAUGUCUGUGCCCCGGAUCCAAGUGGAAGAAGUGGGUGAGAAAGACAGGCCAGUAGGGGCCGCCGCACCUCCCGAUGACCACCUCCUCAGCCUGAAGGCCCUCACCGAGAAACUGAGGCUAGAGACCCGAAGACCCUCCUACCUGGAAUGGCAGGCCAGGCUAGAGGAGCAGACGUGGCCUUUCCCAAGGUCAGCUGCCCAGCAAGAGGCCCCCUUGGAGCAGGGAGCAUGUGGAGGUGGAGAGCCUUCGAUACCUCUAAGGGAGUCCAGAGAGCUUCUUCCACCUGCCAGGAGUGCCAGCCAGGGCGACAGGCCUCUGACCACGGGCAAGCUGGAAGGCUUCCGGAGUAUCGAUGAAGCUAUAAUGUGGCUCAGAAAGGAACUGGCAGAGAUGCGGCUCCAGGACCAGCAGCUGGCCAGGCAGCUCAUGCGCCUCCGUGGAGAUAUCAACAAGCUGAAGAUUGAGCAGACCUGCCGCCUGCACAGGAGGAUGCUCAAUGAUGCUGCCUUUGAGCUGGAGGAGCGAGAUGAACUGUCCGACCUCUUCUGUGACUCCCCUCUGGCAUCCUCGUUCAGCCUCUCCACACCACUCAAGCUCAUCGGCGUCACCAAGAUGAACAUCAACUCCAGAAGGUUCUCUCUCUGCUGAGAAGCCUUGGGAUAGAGGGGGGGGCGGGGACCAGAGCUAAGGGUGAGAGAGAGGCAGCUCAGACCAAGUUACCCAAAGUGGGUCUCCCUGAGGCCAUGCUGGGAAAUGGAAGGUCCCAGGACCGGGCGGUAGUGUGGCAGGGGCUUCAGCUUUGCAUACUUGGGUCUUCAUGUUCAAUACCCAAAGAGUCUGCAGGCGCUAUGGAAAACAGGGUCUCAGCAGGAUCCCUGUGGCCUGUCCCCCUCAGUGGCCUCCUUUCCUGUGUCCUAGACUCACUGGUGCUAUGAUGUUGGAUCCCAAAGGGGACUUCCCCACCCACAAAGCUUGUUCUUACAGAAAGCUCUCCUCUAGGGAAGCGGGGAAGAUUAGAUGUGUAGGGCACACUCAUCUCUCACCUAGUGUCAACACCCUCUCAGUCCUAGCUCUAAUUGCCCCAAAGGAGGUGAUUCAGCAACCUGGGCAGGGAUGUGCUAGGACAGGAGAACCUAAAGGAAUAACACGGUGGCACAUAGGAACGCAGGCUUCUCUUCGAUGGCCACCAGCAUCCCUGGGAAGGAGCUCUGCCCUGCUACUUGGACCUUCAGCCUUGAUGCUACAAGGCCAUGCUAUUUCCAGCUUGCCCCAUGACACAUGUACCUUGUAUAGCUUUGGUAGAGGAACCCAGACGCCCUGCUGUCCCCCACCCCCCAGCUCCAGUUACAACCACUUCAGUUAUUUUGCUGCCACUCACAACCCCAGGAGAGCACCAACAGGCCACUGGUGACUAAACCAGGCAGAUAGGAAACAGAUUUCCCCCAAGUGAAUCCUACUGCAGGAGGCAAGACAGAGGCCUUCCUGGUGGGACCUGAUGGUGUCACCACAUCACCUUAUCCUCAGCACCAAAGACCACAGGGAGUCCAGAAGCCCAUACUGAGCCUCUCUCAAGACCGUGCCUGACCUAAACAAUGAAUUUUAAUUGACCGUGACUGUUA